ACCAUCAACUCAGAGUACCAAGUCGACCCCGAGCGCAACGGCGGCGCGGCCUUUCCCCACAAGGAGGUAGUGCGAAACAAGGCGGAGCGCCAGCGCAUGCACGCCUUCGACUGCGCGUGCUGCUCGGACGUGAGUCCGUCCCUCUCUUGGAGCUGCACGCCGCAUGCUCACGCUUGCCAGCAGUGGUACGAAGCGGUCGGACCUGGCGCACCCGACGCCGAGCGCGACGCCGCACGCCAGGCGCACCUGCAGCAGACCAGCCGCCAUCGCGCGUAUGGCCCGCCUUCUUCGACGCCGCCUGCGUACUGGCGCGUGGACUUUCCUGCGACGCCCGACGCCGAAGACAUCAACCGCAAGGCGCAGGAGGAGCACGAGCGCAAGCGCCGCCAGAUGGAGACGUGA